UAAAAUGCCACAAAAUUUGUUACCCAAAUUUCCCAUUUCUCCCUUUUUUUGUUACCCGCUCAUUACUCCCUCUUCUUCUCAUCUUCGUCGCGCCCAAAAUCCCCCAAAUAACUCUCAAAAUUUGCCCCCAAAUUUCCCAUUUCGUGCAACACAAGUCAAUACACCUACACCAAUCACACUUCUUUUUCCUUUUCAUUUCUUCAAAGGUAGUAGUAGAAAGGGGAGUUCUAGGAAAUCUGGUCGAGAUUCGGCUGAGAAGAAAGAGCCAAUGCUCAUGCUAGGGUUUUGUUGAUUGUUUGAUUUUUAUUGUUUUGUUUAUGUGCUCGUUUUUUGUUUGGGAUUUCGCUUUCUGAUAGACCUAAAUGGAAGCAGUUUCUCAUUUGCUCUUCUGGUUUCUUCUUUGGUUACCUUGUCAAUGGCAUUUGUGAGCUAUGGCUGGUACUUCACAUUUGUCCAAGGGUUCGUCUACCUUUUUCUGAUUUACCUUCAAGGUUUCAGUCCGAAGAAAAUGGUGAACCCAUGGAAGACUUAUGUGAAACUCUCUGCUGUUCUCAUGGGCUCUCACGGCCUCACAAAAGGAUCUUUAGCUUUCCUCAAUUACCCAGCACAGCUCAUGUUUAAAUCCACCAAAGUUCUUCCAGUGAUGGUAAUGGGUGCCUUCAUACCUGGUUUGAGACGAAAAUACCCAGCACACAAAUAUGUUUCUGCAAUACUUUUAGUACUGGGUUUGAUCCUUUUCACCUUAGCUGAUGCACAAAUUUCACCAAGCUUCAGUGUAAUUGGUGUAAUAAUGGUGAUUGGUGCUCUUGUAAUGGAUUCUUUUCUGGGUAAUUUGCAAGAAGUUAUCUUCAACAUGAACCCUGAAACAACACAGAUGGAAAUGCUGUUUUGCUCCACCGUCGUUGGUUUGCCAUUAUUGAUCCCACCCAUGGUUUUAACAGGAGAAGUAUUCGAAGCAUGGAAUUCGUGUUCUGAGGUUAUGAUUUGUUUAUGCUCCUUGGAUUAUCACUGGCUUGAAGAACUAGGUUGCUCUCUGCGAAGUCUGUUCAUGCUAGACUCAGAAAGGCAGCAUCACUGGAGAAACAUGUCCUUUUGAAGAAGCUUAGAGAUGCGCUCGAAUCUUUAAAAGGGCGCGUAGCUGGAAGAAACAAGGAUGAUGUAGGGGAAGCUAUUGCCAUGGUUAAUGUUUUAUGUUUUGCAGUUUUAUCAUUGAAUUAUGAUCUAUCAGUGAUAUGCCAGUCCUAUUUAUUAUAAUUUUGAAAGUUAAAUGCUAAUAUUUAAAAUGCAUUACUACUUUUUAGUAUUCGCUAUUAGUCUUGGUGUGUAGGAAAUAAUGUUCAUGGUGAAAUAUUAGGGAAAAAAUGCUGUAACUUUAAGGGUGUGAUUGCUGAUUUGUUGCUUCAGUUGAAAUUGCUAGGUUCAAUGAUGCUAAUAUCAUUCAUCUCAACAUUUUCCAAA